AGGAAAGGCUGCAAGCUAUGAGCUGGGGGGGAGGGGAGGUUCUGUCCCUUGUUGGGGACCAGAAAGAGCCAUCUUAACCAGCCUUCCCCCGGCAUCCUCCAGAAGAGCUGGAGGUCGUUGAGGGGAGAGCGUCACCUGCAAGCCAGGGCCGAGGAGGGGCGGCAGGUCGUCUUCCGCCCAGCACGUUUCCGGCCCCGAGGUGCAGGGUUUGGCCAGGAACGGAGGCUGCCUCGCGGGUAUUGGAUUUUCCCGGGUGCUCGGGGGCGGGCCGGGCUGAGCCCGCGGUGAGCGGGACGAGGGCGGCCACUUUGGUUCGUCCAGGGCGGCUGUGCGCCCAGCGUGGGGGACGCUCGUGGUUCACACCGGGUGCCACUGUGCACCCAGCACUCAGCCCCAAGGGCCCUCCUUUGGUCAAGUGACUUCCCAAAGGCCGUUUGUCUGGGACGUAGCUGGAGACCUAACACCUUGGUCUCCCAGCCCGUGAGCGGCUCCUGUUUUCUAUCGUAGACAGAAGAACCUUGAGGAUACCCUCGCUGCGGACAGGGUUUGUGUGUGUGAGACCCAGGUCGGCCGACGUCAGGACGCCGUCUGCACUGUGCUGAUUGCCACAAAAAGCUGCAUGUUGGAAUGGGAUUUGGAGUUACCAUAAUGGAAGCAAAAUACGUGAAGGAAAAAGUUACCUGUUUUCCAGCAUAUUGCAUCUGACUACUAGUUGCAAAUGGUUUUCUUUAGCUAAGAAAAUUUGUGAUGUAAAUGAAAAAUUACCUUUCUUUUAGACUCAUUACUUGUAAAUAUGCUUCGCCUAAGAGCCAUUUAUCCAUGCUCCUGGAGAGUGUUUCAAUUUCGAACCUGCAGUUGUAAACCACUAAUUAGCCAGAUGAUUAAGUGUACAGAUGAAGAGCAAGUAUUUGAUCUUAUUAAGAAAAACAAAGCCACUUUUUCAGAAAAGCAAGUGGAAUGUGCAUUUAAUAUACUUUGGCAGUUUCAACAGCAAAGAACCAGCUUUUUAAAAAAUGUUGACUGUAUUAGAGACUAUCCCCACUUUCUUACUCUUCAUAAUUUAGCUACAAGUCAAAUAGAAUUCAUGGAUGAUGAUACCCUGGUGAAUGUGUUGUACUUCAUACAGCAGUGUGCUCCUGAGGCCCAUGACCUUCUGGUUGAAGCACUAGUUAUAGAAUCAUGGAGAAGACUAGAAAGGUUUGAUAUUAAUGUGCUGUCAAAAUUUUCCUCUUGCCUAGCAAAUCAACAUUUAUAUUACAGUCCAUUAAUGGGAAAAAUAGCUGAUAUUGUACAUAGGAACCUGGAAACCAUAGACGAUUUAAGAUCCUUGUCUGUAUUGAUGGUCAGCAUAUCUUCUUUAACAUCACAACGAUUUCAACAACAGUUAGUGAACAAAACAGAACAUCUUUUUGAUACCAUAGAUUCUUCCCAGGUUAACGUUGCAAGAAGAAUAGUACAGUUUCUUCGAAAUAUUAAAUAUAGUUAUUACCCACUAUUAGAAAGGUGCAAUAAAGUGUUUUUAAGCAAUAUGAACCACCUUGAUUUGGACUCCAUCAGUAAAAUACUUAGUCUGUACCACUCUCUGCAGUUUCAUAGUUUUGAAUUUGUUAAAAUGGCUAAAAAGAGGCUAACUGAAAUGAUUCCUCUGUUUGAUCACCCUGAUGGCAUUGUAAAACUUUUUGUAGCAUUGGGACCCAUGGCAGGACCUGAAGAAAAGAAACAACUUAAAUCAACUAUAUUAUUGAUGUCAGAGGAGCUAACCAGCCAGCAAGCCCUAGCAGUGAUGAGUGCAAUGGAAGAGAUGGAAAGCAGAAAUUCACAUCUGAUUAAAAAAAUCGCUUCAAUUCUGCAUAAACAUUUGGAUGACUAUAAACCAUUCGAGUUAUUGAAGAUAACUCAAACAUUGAUUUUUCUACAUUUUCAAAGUAAAGAGCUUUUUGUGAAACUCAGAGAAUUACUGCUUAGGUACUUGAAAAUUAGUGUUAUACCUAGUGAGAUUGCCAUCCUGGUCUAUGCUCUUUCCAUUCUUCCAUCUUCUAACCUAGGUGAAGUGGAGAUAUCUCAAAUUGAAGCAGUUUUACCACAGUGUGACCUAAAUGACCUGAAUGGUUUUGCCACAUCUGUUUUAAGAUGGAUUCAUUAUGAUCACAAAUAUCUGGAUAAUACCACUGGGAAACAACUGAAACUGCUUCAAAAACUAGAUCACUAUGGACUUCAGAGACUACGAAAAUGCAACAGUUUGAAUAUGUUAUGGAAAGAACUUAAAUCUUUAAAAGGAGACUGGUUUACUGAGUCACUUCUUGAAGAAACAGUUGCUACUUUCCUGCGUUUGAUGGAUGAAAUUAAUUCCAAAAAUGUUGCAGAGAUUGCAUCUUUUAUUUCUAGAACAAACUACCUCAAUACUUUGCUACUUGAUAGGAUAGCCUCAGUGGUUGUUCAGCAGAUUGAAAAGAUCCACCCUUUUGAGAUCCUUGGUAUUAUUCUUCCAUUUAGCGCCUUGAACUAUGAUCCACCUCAAAAUGAUGAAUUUUUCAGGAUUUGCAUUCAACACCUGAAUUCUUACUUAAGUGGAUUGGAGCCUCCCAUGUUAGUGUUUCUUGGUUUCUCUUUGGCUGCACUUGGAUAUUUUCCAGAAGAUCUGCUGAAGGCAAUUUUUAAUAUCAAAUUUUUGUCCAAAAUGGAUUCUCAACUUGAACUUUUAUGUUCAUCUCUAAAUAGGAGGGUCCAGUUUCGUCUUAUGGAAUUAAAUAGAGCAGUCUGCUUGGAGUGCCCUGAGUAUCAGAUUCCAUGGUUUCAUGACCGCUUCUGUCAACAACAGUAUAACAAAGAUAUUGGCAGCAUGAAUGGAGCACAAAAGCAGAUUUAUAAAAUGUUAGCAGAGGUGCUAGGAGGAACCAAUUGUGUAAAAGCCUCGGUUCUUACCCCUUAUUACCACCGAAUAGAUUUUGAGUGUGUCUUGGACAAAAAGAAAAAACCUCUUCCGUAUGGAAGCCAUAAUAUAACUUUGGGAAAACUGCCAGAAAUGCACUGGGAAUCAAACACCCAAAUAAUUGGAUCAAGACUGCCACCAGGAGCUGAGAGGAUUGCUCUGCAAUUUUUGGAUUCAAGAGCUUUUUGUAGAAACAUCCCUCACUUAAAAGGAAAAUCUGCUAUGAAAAAACGACAUUUGGAAAUUUUGGGCUAUCACAUAAUUCAGAUCCCUCAUUUUGAAUGGAACUCUAUGGCAUUGUCAACAAAGGAAGCACGGAUGGACUACCUGAGAGAACGGAUAUUUGGAGAAGGCAAAUCAUGAUUGUAGUUUUUAUUUAAAAUUAGUGAUGAUGGUGUGUCACAUCUGAACUUAUUGUAAUUAAGUGAUCUGACUCAAUGAAAAAAUAAUAGUACAGAAUUGACUGAUUUCAUGGUCAGUUGAAUACCUAUUAAAAUAAAGACAUUUUACUUUCUCCAAUA